AACUGCGGCGUUCCAUCCACCAAGGUUUACCAAUCGUCGAUCGACGAAGUCCAAACUCACCCGACUCAUCUUAACCCGAGUUAAAUUUUAGCGCAAGGAUAAAAAUAACCAUGGUUAAGGUGUCUCCCCCAAUCAAACCCCACCCUGUCUUAUAUUAAACCUGAGCCAAAGAGAAGCCACAGAGACGAACUAAGAAAGAAAAACGCAGAAAGGAAAAUAGAACGGAAAGCUCAGGAAAGUGAGAGAAAAUUGCAUAGAAGAAGUUCGUUUUCCCGAGAAAAUGGCGUUCUACACCGACGAAGAGGAGGUAUGGAAAUGUUCGAAACACCCUUCCAAGCGUCGAAGAAGUGGAGUCUGUCCCGUUUGCCUCCGUGAGCGCCUAGGGAGUCUUUGUCCUGAUUGCGCCAACGUCAAACCCUGUGGUUGCUGCGCAACGACGUCGUCUUCUUCCUCUUCUUCCGUCGAUGGUGCUGCUGGACUUGGCUCCGUUGGUCGAUUGUCGAAUCUCAUCGAGAGCGAGCCAGCUUUCCGGCGAUCGAGGUCAGUAGCCAUCCCUUUUCUCCGGUCGAGAUCGAGAUUCGUCGGUGGGGAUAAGAUUUCCGACCUCGGCGAUCGGUCUGAGCUACCGCCUUCCUCCGCCGGUUCACGCGGGAAAGCGUCGUCGUUUUGGUCCGUCUUUAGGUCGUCUCAGAGGAGCAGGAGAGAAGAGCCUCGUUGCCACGAUGUCGAUUCGGUUAAGAAAAUCGAACUGGAAGAAGACACCGCUGCCUUGCGGAAGACGAUGAUGAUGAGGUCGAGGUCAGUGGCGGUUCCGGUGAGGUCAGUGGAUUCCGGUGCCGGUGAGGUAAAAUCUUCCAAGGGUCGGAGUUGGUAUUUUCCGAGCCCGAUUAAGGUUUUCCGGCAAUCGAAAAUAUCUAAAAUUGUUCAAGCCAAUUCGCCUUUGUACAGAGGUUAAUAGUAUUAAUUAGCAUAAUUUUGUAGAGAAAUUAUAUAAUAUCUAAUAAUUAACAGAGGGAAAAAAACCUGAUAUUUUUUCUAUUUUCCUAUUUAUUUUAUUUUCGCCCACUUUUACUGAAAGAAAAUAUUCUUGUACAAUUCAAGUUUGGGAAUGUUUAUGUCAAAAAUAGAGAUUACAAUUAUAAACAUAUAUAUUUUUUGUGUAAUAAAUGGGAAUGGAACAGUGAUUUUUCACAAA